UUUUACGUGCACUUUUAAAGAACAGUGCCAACGCGUACUCUUCAAGUUAAGAUAAACCAGUGUACUCAAGCUGAAAUCACUGCACGCUUGUGAGAAUAUGCAGCUGCUUUUUCUGGGGACACUUGCCCUGCUUGCUGGGCUCUCGGUUGCGGUGCCAGCACAGGAGAAGCGUAUACAUCAUAAGCUAGACCUCAGUGACCAUGCUCACGAUGAUGCCCACGGUUUCCAGUUUGACCACGAGGCCUUCCUGGGGAAAGAGGAAUCCAAGACCUUUGACCAGCUGAGCCCGGAGGAGAGCAAAGACAGAUUAGGAAAGAUUGUGGAUAAGAUUGACACAGAUAAGGAUGGCUUUGUCAGUCAUGGUGAGCUACACCACUGGAUCAAGCACAGGCAGAGGAGGUACAUCGAGGAGAACGUGGACAAGCACUGGAAUGAGUACGACCAGAACAAGGAUGGGAAGAUCGGAUGGAUUGAGUACAAGAACACCACCUAUGGAUAUUAUAUGGACACAGAGUUUGAUGAUGUGGAUGAUAAAGCCACGUAUAAAUCCAUGCUCAACAGAGAUGAUAGGCGGUUUAAGUCUGCAGACAGGGAUGGGGAUGGUGUGGCCACCAGAGAAGAGUUCACUGCCUUCCUCCAUCCAGAGGAGUUUGACUUCAUGAGAGAUAUUGUGAUUCAGGAAACAAUUGAAGACAUUGACAAGAAUGGGGAUGGCAAGAUUGAUCUGCAUGAAUACAUUGGGGACAUGUACAAUCCUGAAGCUGGAGAGACUGAACCAGACUGGGUCACAACAGAAAAGAAACAAUUUUCAGAAUUCAGAGACAUGAACAAGGAUGGUUUCCUUGAUGCCAAUGAAGUAUCGCACUGGAUCCUCCCGACAGAAGUCGACCAUGCUGAUAAUGAGGCCCGGCAUCUCAUUCACGAAACUGAUAAAGACAACGAUGACAAAAUCACAAAGAAGGAGAUUCUGGAAAACUGGAACAUGUUUGUUGGGAGCCAAGCGACUAAUUACGGAGAGGAUCUCACCAAAAGACACGAUGAGCUUUAAUGUUGGCAUGUCUGGGUAGAGGGGAGGACAGUAUAUUUUGGGUGCAGGACAGAGGAUAGAACAUUUAACAAGAAAAUGACAGCCAAUCUUUAUUACCUGUUGGGUUAAAAGAUUUCCAGGGUCUUCAGUCAAGGGUUUCACUUCUGGGUCAAUGAAGAUAAGAAUCUUACUGAGACAGAUACAUGUUUUAUUUAUUGUCAAACACAUUUCAUUUAGAUAAAAGAUGAUUAUACAUGGGACAACCUUUUGAGCAAUGCUUCUGAGCAACAUUGCAGACUACUUACCUAUUGAAACAACAACAUAAAACUGCAUCUGGAAAGUAUUAUUUCGCUGUGUCUCAUAUGGUUGCCUAUUGGUGCCAUUAUUGUCCGUAGUUGCCAGCAACAUUUCUUUAAAACACAGGUGUCAAAGCCAGUUCUUGGAAGGCCGCAACUCUGCAUGUUUUAGUUCCAAACCUAAUUAAACACACCUGAUCAAACUAAUUGAGUCUUUCAGGCUUUUUUGAAACCUAAAGGUAAAUGUGUUGAAGCAGAGUUGGAACUAAACUGUGCAGAGCUGUGGCCCUCCCGGAACUGGCUUUGACACCUGUGCUUUAAAAGUUGUCCAUUGUAUCAUCACCUAAACACAUUUCUCAUGUAAAGACACUCCAGCUUGCUUAUACUGCAUGAGCAAACAGCAUUACGUCUUCCACUUCUCAGGAAUUCAGCACUGAAUACAGGUCCAGCUGUGUUUGUAUUCAAUUUAUUAGGCCAGGUUUGACUGUUACAAAAUAAAGAUCACAUUUCUGGUCUGUGAUUUCACAUUCAACAUAAAAAGGCACAGAUGAGGAGACAUUAGCAAGCUCUAAUAGUAAGGGAACGGGGCGGGAUUCAGCAGGUGGGAGGAGACAAAAGUGACCGACACUGUACUGGUGAACCAUUUUUCUCUCUGUGAAUUCUAAAUAAAGCCAUGUUGGUUUUUUUAA